AUCUCCUUCUCGCCAAGAAAAGCAGUCUUCUUAAUUAUGCCAAUGAACAUCUGUGUCUGUUUUCUUUUUCUUCUUUCCAAUCCCCACUUUACUAGAAGAAAACCUUAUCGCAUGUGUCUUGUUUAACCUUCAUCUCAUUCUUCUUUCGAAGAACUCAUUAAAAUGGCAAAAAUUCGCAUCGAGGUUUGCGUGAUCUCUGCUCGUGGCCUCCAUCGAUCAUCACCUUUCUUGAAGCCCCAGUGGUUUGCCGUCGGGUGGAUCGAUCCGAACAAUAAGUACUGCACAAAGAUAGACAAUUCUGGGAGCUCAAACCCAACAUGGAAAACCAAAUUCUCAAUAUCCAUUGAUGACACAAACUCCAAUCUGCAAGGCUUGUCUUUGACCAUAGAAGUGUACAGAAGAGAACCUAUUUUCCUAAGGGAAAGUUUACAAGGAACUGCAGUUGUACAGCUGAGGGAAUUCCUGGCCAAGUUCUAUAAAGAUGCAGAGCCAUCAAGAUCGGGAAUUGAGGAGACUGGAAGUUUCCAACUAAGGAAGCGGAAUUCUGGCAAGCCACAAGGAUUUGUUGACAUCUCUCUUCGCAUCAUGGAGCAAAGGGGGGGUGUAACUUCUCACCCAGGUCUGGUUGAAGAAUCCAUGUACUCAGAUCAUGCGAGUGGAAUCACACUGGCCACAGAAGAUGGCCCUGUGAUAGCUUUCCCAGCCCAACCUCAGCAACCUCCCCUUGGCCAGUUUGGAGGUCACAGCCAAAACAACUAUCCUUACGGCCAUCCAAUGCCCCCCCCCGUGAACCACCCAUACCCUUCAGAAUCAGGAACAGGGUACCACCGGCCUCCAACUCCACCACCACCUCCACCACCCUCGAAUACCGGCUUCCUGCCACCAUUAUUCCCGGGAACAAGCCACAUGCCCGAGAACUAUGUGAAUGUCCCACCUUCAGGACCUGCAGGGCGCAGCAGUGGACCAGGUUUUGGAAUGGGGCUUGGUGCAGGGGCAUUGGCUGCUGGGGCUGUGAUAUUUGGUGAUGACUUCAUGUCAAGCGCGAAUAUUCCAGCAGGCUUCGAAAGCGGCAGCCUCAUUGUUUCUACAGAUCCUCCCUUCUAAGUUCUAAUGUUUAAGGAUGUUGUCUCUAUAAAGUAAGUGAUAAUAAGGCCACGCACCAUGUUGCAGGAGGUCUAAUUCUAUUGUUUCUUUAUGUAUCUGUAGUCCGAGACUACAUGAUCACCUGUCAACAAGAUUUCAGCUCCAGCUAGCUUCUGUAAGUAAUGAAGAUUUUAUAUGCUUAUAUGAUCGUAACAUCGUAACUUCUGCAGAACUAGAA